GAAAUGAGCUUGUAGGUGGGGACUUCCUUGAAAAGACGCUCGUAGGUGGGCUUGUCGAGAACAACCAUGUUGUUGGACUUGUCCUUGACCUUCUUAGCGGACCACUUCUUCUUGGCCUUCUUUCCUCCAGAAGAGGAGCUUGGCUUAGCAGCAACGUCCUUCUUUGCCUAAAGAAAAAAAUCCGUUCGUCAGUACAACGAUAUUCAUCAAUCUUGCUUCCAGGUUGAAUCAAUAAAGGCAACAAAGUCAAAGGCAAGUAUCGUGGGAAGAAGGGUAAUGUUCAGCGUCAUCGAACCAAAUGAAGUCUUUGGUCGAUCCAUCCCAUUUCAGCUGACCCCCCGGCAGGUGCCCAACAAAUUGUCAAGGAUGGACGAUUGUGAUGUGUUUGAAAAAGAUGAUAUCCAUCCGCGUAUUCAUCAGAUGGUAUCGAGAAAGGAUGCGUAUGCCCCAUCUGUUGCCCUUUGAUCAACACUGUUAGAUAUGGAUGCAGAUCUUACCAUUGUGAAU